AUGAGCGAUCUUCCAAAUGUAAAAAUCGAACCAAAUUUACCUACUGACAACGAUGUCGAAGAUCUCUUACCAACAUUUAAAGUGGUCCCCCGAAACAAAAUCCUUCACGAACAGGUAGAAGUGAUCGAUCUGACCGAGGAUCAUUUUAUGAAUGAGUUCAAAAGCUUUCUAACCACGAUCGGCGAGCGUCGGCAAGAUAUUGAUGCAAAACGAAACGAAACAAAGACCAAAUUAAAAUCGGUUAUCAAAACGCUAAGCGUUUCGAUCGACUUUCUGUCCCAGGUGCAUGUAUACCAGGAUUCGUUCCUAUGCGAACUGUUUAGGGUCAACUUCCGCAACGCAAUGGUGUACGGAAGGUUAACGGCAGAAACUUUUAGAGAAAAUGUUACGAUCUAUCAGAUUGACGAUGGUACAGCAAAGAUUGAUGUAUUCUUUCGACCAUCCUCCAACAAGAAAAUGUUAGAUAAUCUAAAUAAGCUGCUCCUUUGCGAAGAUGCACUACAAAGGAAACGUCCCCCAUUGAAUGAAGAUUCAAUUCCAGAUUCUGUAGAGCUUAGAAAGCAACUCAAGCUACUGGUGUCGAUAGCCAAAGCACGGUGCCAGACACAGCUCACACGUUUUAAGCUACGUACGCAAUGCUUUGCUAUCGGACGUCCGUUUUUGGGACGUGAAGGAAAUAUAGCCAUGUAUGCUGAAUCCAUACUGCCUGACGACGAGUUCGGCGAUACGUGUGAGCUGUUUUGGAAAUGUUAUCUCCUUGCCAUGUACGAACCACUGACGAAUGAAGGUGCGCUAAACGAAUGCCCUCAGAAGAUAGCAGAUAAACUGAGAAGUAUGUGCUUAUAG